GAGUACGAUAAGCCUCGGUAGGAAUGUGUUUACUUCCGAAAACUCUUAUCUUUUUGGUAAUUCUGGCAUUUCUUGACUCACGAGACUGGGGGAAAAGUUAUGACUUUUGUAAGAUCUCUUCAAAUGUGUUGGAUAGGAAUUCCUAACUCCUGAACCUCCUGAACAGUCCUCACUUCAUGUAUGUAACAGUGUGUUUUCAUCACUGUGUUGCUUUUAUUGUAUAUGAGUAAUAAUUCAUUCCAUGUAUUUUAUUAACGCCUUCUGAGAUAUCUUGGUACUACAAAUAACAAAAAAGCAUAUAUUCCAUUAUUUUAAAUUUGUGGUCAAGAUGUAUGGCAACUCUUAUGGUUCAAUCAACACUAGUGAUAGAGAUAGAAACAUGUUCAACAAAGUUGUUGAUGAGAUAGGAGGAAUGACCCUGAACUCUGGAGACACUGGUGCUCCCCAGCAGUCUCCUGGAGGGGGAAGGGUUGCCCCCAUGCCACCACCUAAGCCUAGGAAGGCAACAGAGAACCACUCGCCCAUGUAUGCAAAUCUAAGCUCAGCCCCCAGCGGGAGGUCAGCUCUCAAUGACUACUAUGCCAUCAAUGCUCCAACUCCAGGCAACAUUGGCAAGGUCUCAGCACGUGUCAAUAUAGCUGCUAUGGGUCCUGCUGCUCACGCCCCUGCCAUGCACUCCCUGAAUGGAGCUCCUGCAGGAAUAUGUGACCCCCUGGCUCCUGGCAAGAUGGGUCGGUCUGAGAGUCGAGCGUACAAUCCUGACGCUACUCCUCCAUCUCACUACACGCCUCCGUCCCCACAACCCGCCCACUCAUACACGCCCACCUCACGAGCUGUGGUGCGCAUGGGUGCACCUCAGCCUCUUUACUCCAACACUAAUAAAGGAGGCGACCCAACCCCUGCUGAUGGCCUGCAAUAUGAUGUCCAGCAACCUGGUCUGUACAGCAACAUUCCUGAUCAUCAAGGUGAUCAUUACCAGGCUUAUCCCUAUGCAAAUCAACAAGGCUACUCCAGCGCCUCCUCUGCCCAGAGAGGCGUUCCAUACGCCUCCUAUGGAGUAGACCAGGACUUCCCCUUGCCUCCCCCCGAGGCUCUGAGUGAGUGCAGGGGAGCCGCCUCCCCAGUCUCGUCUGCAUACUCUGAGCUGCGCAGGUCUUCCCACGAACCUCCCAGCAACACUCACCGCUCCCAUCCCCACUAUGCUCCUACAUCGAGUGUGGGCUACGAGAGCCUCUACGAAGCCAUCAGCCCCCGCCCCCCCAGCCAGAUGUCCACCAGGAGCGCCGCUCCCCUCGCCCCCUAUGGGGCUAACCCGGGCUAUGGCGCCCGCAACCAGCCCCAGUCGAGCGCGGCGGGCAAGGAAGCUGAGGUUGACGCUCUCACGAGUCUCCUCGUGCAGUCCAUGGAGAGCAGCAGUGAUCCAGAGUUCUUUGUCGCGUCGUGCGCAGGUAUUUGUGGCCGGUGUGGUGGCAAGGUGGUGGGCGAAGGCAGCGGCUGCACCGCCAUGGAUCAGGUCUUCCACAUCCGCUGUUUUGACUGCAUCGUCUGCCACCUCCAACUGCAGGGCAAACCUUUCUAUGCCGUCGACAGCAAGCCUUACUGCGAGCAGUGCUAUGUGAACACGCUGGAAAAGUGCUGCGUGUGCACACAACCGAUCCUGGAGCGCAUCCUGCGCGCGACUGGCAAGCCCUACCACCCCGCGUGCUUCACGUGCGUGGUCUGCCACAAAGCCCUGGACGGCAUCCCUUUCACCGUGGACGCCGCCAACCAAAUCCACUGCAUUGACGACUUCCAUAAGAAAUUCGCGCCGCGCUGCAGCGUCUGCCAAGAACCCAUCAUGCCCGAACCUGGUCUCGAGGAAACCGUCCGAGUCGUGGCUCUGGACAGAAGUUUUCACGUUAAUUGCUACAAGUGUGAGGAUUGUGGUUUGCUGUUGUCUUCAGAAGCCGAGGGGCGCGGCUGUUAUCCGCUUGACGGUCACGUGCUUUGCAAAGCCUGCAAUGCUGCUCGCAUCCAAGCUCUGUCCAACGCCGCUUGAUUCAUACUGAAAUCUUAUUGCCCAUCUGGUCCUGAUCAAUGCUUCCCAAACUAUUUCUGUCGUGCCCCACCGUGGAAAGUGGUACAAAUUUCUCAUGGGCACAGCUGGGCUUACAAGCCCCACCAGCACUUGUUGCUCCAACGAAAAGAUCAAUCAAAUAAUUUUGUUCAGCCUUCUUGUGCGUCCAACUCAAAUUGGGUGGCCCCCAAUUUUGUGGGAAACGGAAUUUUGGGAGUCGAAAAAUAUCGGAAAAGACAGACAUUCGACUAUUUCACCCGUGGCUGUCAAUCUCAUUUCUGUUACGGCGUCUCCAGUUGAUGGUUUUUGUUACAUGUGGGAUUUUAUUCACUUUUUUGGACUAAUUUAACUGCCCGUUUUUGCCAAGUACGAUUGCAUUGCUCCGACGCGAGAUUAUGCUCUAUUAAAAGCGGAAAAUUGGCUUUGUUUUCAGUAGUUUCUAUGUAUUUAUUUUGCCCGAGUUUAUAUACUUCUGUGGCUAAGAAAAUUCAUAUUUUUUUAGGUGUUUUACUGUACGAACACCGAGUCAUGAACUUGCCAGCCUUGAAAAUAGGUGCUUAUGAAUGCUUCGAAUUAUAAUUUAAGAUGCUUAUCUCGUGCUAUAAAGCACUAAUUUUAUGUUGGAUGGUACUUGAGGUUUCGAUUCAAUUGUUCAUUCAUCGAUGGAACUAGAUUAAUUUUUGAUUUCCUGUUCCGGGGAAGCAUUUCCUGUGCUUUAAUUCCUAGUGAAAUAACUUGUCAUGGAUUUUUUACUAGUUUGAUGAAUGUGUAUGGAAUGAAGCCGAUCUUUUUACGCCGAUCUAGAGUUUGGCAUGAGCGACAUUGACACAUGGACCAUCCACUGUACUGGGUUGGCAGCUUGUAUUUAACGCAAAACAUGUCAUAUCAUAAUUUUGCUUCAAUUUUUAAGUAUUGCUGUUUUUCUUAGAAUAGACAUUGCAUCGUGAUGGUGCUUGUAAAAAAAGAUUUGGGUCUUGAUUUCGGCUGGCAGUGAUCAUAAUACAUUCAUGUGCUAGGAAAUGCUCACAGAAAAUAUAAAACAAUCAUAGCUCGCGAGGUUAUUAUAGCACAGUAUUGGUGUGCUGAUGUUUUUAAUUGUGAACGAAAAAACGGAUCUCGAAGUUGCUGCCAUACCGCUGUUGUUUUUGUAUCUCUUGGCAGGAAUGGACCAAUUGAAAUUUGCUGUAGUUUCGACCUUAGCGCUGUCAGGUGCCGUGCCCACAACAGGAGUUCGUUUUCUCGUUGUUGAAGAUGCAGGAUUUAGAUUUUUAGGCGUUCCCAUGAAGUGUUGAUUAUAGAGCGUCGGUUGCCAUUUAAAGUUGUAUGUCUUAGCGUUUGCUGUUGUAAAACAACUACAUUCUAUAUUCCGUAUUUGCCAUCUAUAGUUAAUAAGAUGAACUUAUAUUGAUGUUGUUAACAAAGUUUGUUUUGAAUUUAUGCAGUAAAAUUUGUACGGUUUUUGCCAAAGUUGAGCAUUAAAAUAUGUUAAUAUAAUAAGCUUUAUGAUAUUAUUCUAACUGCAACACUAACUAACUUUCCUUUUCCGUGAAAUUGUCUCGAUAUCGUCUAGUUUUGCCUGAAUAAUCAGUUAUUCCUUCGAAUUGUUCAUAUUUAAUUUUUAAUAUUCCUAAUGUUAUUUACGCGUGUUUCUAUAACUAGAGCUCAUCGUUACGACUAUCGUUUUCAUGCUUGCAGUGAAUUUGUAGUCUCUUGUACUUUUAAUUUCGAGGGAGGCUCUACGAUUCACGGAUGACUCAAGAACCUCGCUCAAAAAACAGACAACGGAUUAUCUGACGUAAACUAAAAGUUUUCUGAAGAAAAUUGGCCAUCCACAUGUCUAUGAGGGAGGCUGGUCGUAUUACAUAGAUACGGUGAUAUAUGCACGGUUCAUGCUUUAUAAUCGAGCAAUUCUCUCUUUUUAUUCCAACUAAUAUAAGACUGGGUAAAACCACUUUUUAGAAGGAACCAAAUUGUUGGUUUUACAUAUACGAUGUAACCUGCGACUAUUAGCGAAGUAGGUAGGUAAUAUCCGUCGCAAUUGGUUCUAUGUUUUUGAUAGCAAUUCUUAUGGUUUAACUUGUAUAAUGCUUCUCGACAGUAAAAUUUGAUCAAAAAUAUGUCGAAUAUAUUUUAUGUAGCUGAAA